CGAUUACCCCGUCAGGCGGACUGAGCGCACCGUUCAGGGUGCCUGGAAAUCACCCUCUGGAGGGUAUAAAGACAGGGGAAACUUUAACACCCCGCUAGGGGAGAUGUUGCUUAUAGUUCCUCCGCGACUCUAUAGCGUCACGAUGAAUCGCUUCCUACCCCUGAUGAUGGAGUGGAUAGCGCGCAACUUUGAUGUACGGUUUGCAGAGUCUCUUGCAAUGCGCCGUUUUUAUCCGACGCUAGGGGGCGCACGUUUGGAUUGCCGGUAUCAAGCAGAGCUCGAUACAUAAGAACCGUAGAACGCACACGGUCUAAAUUCGGGAAUAGCAACCGACCCUCGCGGUCAACACCCCAAUCAUAACGAGGGGGGGCUACU